GCGGUCAGCCCUCCACCCUCCUUCAAUUCUUCCCUCCAAUGCUUUAUUUCUCUCUUCUCAUUCUCUCCUCCCAAACCCUAGCCUCUUCUCCGAUCCCAAAUCCCGGCCAAAGUCCCCUCCUUUCCCCCAUACUCCGGCCCCAAUUCUCCAAUGCAACUCCCCAAUUCUGACGAACCCGCCCCCGUAAACCCCCAAACCCCUCCAGACCCGCCAAAGCCCUCCGACUCCAAUUCCGCCGUCGUCGACGACGACGACGACGACGACGGCACUCCUCCCGCCGACGAGGAUUCUUCGUCGGCGGCUCUCGACGUCUCCGGCAAAAGCUUGGAUUUUUCGAUCGGGGAGAGCUCCUCCGGCGACGGCGACGGCGUCGGGGCUCUGUAUCUGUACAAGAAUGUGUAUAAUUUAUUGCCGAGGUCGGUGGGGAGGUUGAAGCGGCUGAGGACGUUGAAGUUUUUCGGAAAUGAGAUCAAUUUGUUUUCGUCGUCGGAGUUUGGGAACUUGGUGGGGUUGGAGUGCUUGCAGCUGCGGCUUUCGUCGCCGGCGUUUGAUGGUUUGCCGUUGCAUAAGUUUAGAGGGUUGAAGGAGCUGGAGCUUUCGAAGGUGCCGUCGAGGUCCAAGGCUAUUCCGAUUUUGAGUGAGAUUGCUAGGCUCAAUUGUCUCACCAAGCUCUCUGUUUGUUACUUUUCGAUAAGAUACCUUCCUCCUGAAAUUGGCUGCUUAAGCAAUUUGGAAUACCUAGAUCUUUCAUUCAAUAAGAUGAAGAGUUUGCCAGCUGAAAUUAGUAAUUUAACUGCCUUGGUAUCGUUAAAAAUUGCCAAUAAUAAAUUAUCAGACCUACCUAUGGCUUUGUCCUCGUUGAAAAUGUUGGAGAACUUGGACCUGUCGCACAACAGGUUGACAUCAUUGGGCUCCCUUGAUCUUAGAUUGAUGCGUACCCUCCAGAAUUUAAAUCUUCAGCACAACAAGCUUCCCAUGUACUUUCAAAUUCCUUCAUGGAUAUGCUGCAACUUGGAAGGUAAUGGAAAAGAUAUGUCCAACGAUGAUUUUAGUAGCACCUCUGUUGAAAUGGAUGUAUACGAAACCACCAUUCAGAAGAAUGAUGAGAAUCAUUUUCACACAGGCUUUCAUGAUAGCUCAUUGAGUAUAGCUGCACCUUCAUCUAACAGUAGGUGUUUCACAACUCGGAGAUCAGCUGGCCGGUGGAAGCGACAGUUCUUGCAGAGGAGAGCUCGUCAAGAACGUUUGAAUAACAGCAGAAAAUCAAAAGGUGUAGAUCAUCCUAAGCUGCACAUGAAGGAUGAUGAAGCAUUGAAAUCAGGCAUUAUAGAUGCUGCUUUUGAAUCAUAUCGUGAAAGUGCACUGGACAUUAUAAAUUUUGAUGAUGAUGAUGAUGAUAAAAGUUUACUAACUGGAGAAGAUGAAGGUGUAAACGUCUCCCAUGCUGCACACCAUGACAUGUGCUCGAAGAAGGAGGAGCUUUGUGAAAGAAGUUGCUCAUGUCUCACGCUUGACUCUACUCUAGUAGAUAAUGGUGAGAAAAAAGAUUGUUAUGAAAGUGAUGCAUCGUCUUGUAAUCAAGAUGUUACUGGUGAGCAUGAUGAUGUGUCAUAUUCAGGAAAAUCCAAAAGUAGCUCCAAGUUUAAGAGGCCCCGAGAUGGGGAUCUUGAUAAUAAGAUUCUUCAGGAUCCAAAACGUUGGAAGUGUGGAGAUUGUAGUUCAAGCCUAUCUUGCAGAAACAUGUCUUGCAAGUACAGUAAUAUGUCAUUUUGCGGUGCUGAAGACCAUAUUCCAGAUGGCUUUUACGAUGCAGGACGUGACAGGCCCUUCAUGCCACUAGAGAGUUAUGAGCAAAUCUUCCAUCUUGACUCCCGUGAAGUUAUUCUUGUGGACAGGCUAAGGGAUAAAGAGUUGGAUGGAAUAUUAUUCUCUGCCCGAGAUAUGGUGUCUCGAUUGAAGCAGUUAAAUGGUUUGAAUACAGAUAGAGAUCGGGAUGAUGAGCUACAGGUUGCAUUGUAUCUUGCUCUAUUUGUAUCAGAUCAUUUUGGAGGAACUGAUAAGGCUGCUCUUAUUGAAAGGAGGAGAAGAGCUGGUGGCGGUUCAAUAUCCAGGAAGCCUUUUGUAUGCACUUGCUCAGUUAGGAACUCUGAAUCUGUUAGUCUGAACCCCAAACAAUCUUUGGAGACUGUUGAAGAUAUUGCCUUUUCUGAUAUCUGUGAGAAAUCUCUUCGUUUUACCAAGGCCAAACACAAAUCUGUUGUAGUUCCUAUAGGGACCUUGCAGUUUGGUGUUUGUAGGCAUAGAGCAUUGCUACUGAAGUACCUAUGUGAUAGGAUGGACCCUCCAGUCCCUUGUGAGCUUGUCAGAGGAUACCUGGAUUUCAUGCCACAUGCUUGGAAUGUUAUAUUAGUCAAGAAAAAGGACUCAACCAAGAGAGAUGACUCACGAAUUCGUAUGGUUGUUGAUGCAUGCCGUCCACAUGAUGUUAGAGAGGAGACUGAUCCUGAAUAUUAUUGCAGGUAUAUUCCACUCAGUCGAAGCAAAGUAUCUUCCCCUGGAAGCAUCCCCGCCGAUGUUUGUUCAUUUCCUGUGUCCUCUUCGGAUAAAACUCAAACCGGAUCUGGUAAUUCUCUCAUUCGAUGUAAAUACGGAUCGGCUGACGCAGCAGCAAAGAUGCGUACUCUGGAGGUAUAUGGGACUUCAGUGGAUGAUAUUAGGGACUUCGAGUACAGCUGCUUAGGUGAAGUUAGAAUUUUAGGUGCUUUGCGACACCCCUGCAUAGUAGAGAUGUAUGGACACAGUAUAUCUUCCAAGUGGACUCCUAUGGAUGGUAGUUAUGGGCAGCGUAUAUUGCAAUCUGUAAUUUAUAUGGAGUACAUAAAAGGGGGCUCCUUAAAGGGUUAUAUAGAAAAGCUAUCUAAAGCAGGUGAGAAGCACGUCCCAGUGGAGUUGGCUUUGAGCAUUGCUAGAAAUGUUGCAUGUGCGCUUGUGGAGUUGCACUCAAAACAUAUUAUUCAUCGUGACAUAAAAAGCGCAAACAUUUUGAUUGAUAUCGAUAGGAAGACAGCUGAUGGAACACCCGUUGUGAAGCUCUGUGAUUUUGAUAGGGCAGUUCCUCUAAGCUCAUACUUGCAUACAUGCUGCAUUGCCCAUAUUGGGAUACCUCCUCCUGAUGUUUGUGUUGGAACACCUCGCUGGAUGGCUCCAGAGGUUCUGCGGGCCAUGCAUAAACAAAAUAUAUAUGGACUGGAAGUUGAUAUCUGGUCGUUUGGAUGCCUUCUUUAUGAAAUGUUGACUUUGCAGAUUCCUUAUUUGGGAUUGUCUGAAGCAGAGAUUCAUGACUGCAUAUCGAUUGGAAAACGACCCAAGUUGACAGAUGAGUUGGAGGCUUUCCAGCCGUUGAAGAACCCUGCAAGGGCUCAAUCUGCUGAAGAGACUGAUCAAACAGAUACCGACUUAGACGGACUAAGAUUUCUUGUUGACUUGUUCAGCCAAUGCACUGUGGAUAAUCCGGAGAGUCGUCCAACGGCUGACAGCCUCUACAAAUCGUUGCUUGAACGCAGCACCAAGCUUACAAGUUCAAGAAGUUAAAAAUGUUAGGUGGAGCUUCAAGUAUUAAUCUAUGAACUGCAGAUUAUGUAGUCUGAUUGAUUAAUGUACUUUUGCAUUAAAUUUAUUGAUUUGAGCCAAAGGUUAUGGGCCUUAUGGCGGUCUAGUAGCUCUGGUAGGUUAGGCUAGGCAGCUAUGUUGUAUCAUGUAUCCUGUACGAGUAAUUAGGUUAGGGGGAUUGCUGACUCAUAUUCUGCGAUCCAAUUGAGAUAUGUGAUUUUGUAGGUAGUUGGUUCUGGGACAUGCAAGGCCUGGUCAUCCAUGCUUUAUUUCCAGAUUGUAACUUGACCAGAAUAAACUAUUAAUGGUUUUCAAAUUUUAAUAAAGUCGAUUGUGUUGGAUCUCC